AUGUUGAUCAGAGCAAGAGGAAAAGACGGUACAUUCCGUUUAGAUUUACAGGCGAACCAAACUAUUUUGGAUGUAAAGAAAUUACUUGAGGCUGAAACAAGUGUGCCCCAUGCAAACAUCUCAGUAAACAAAUUCCGUGAAAAGAACCCUCUCAAAGAUACCGCUACAGUUCAAUCUUGUCUUCAACACGGAGAUAUGAUUGAGUUUUCAUAUGAUACCACUCAAUUUAAAUCAAAACAAGAAAAAGAAGAAGAAAGAAAGGCUCAACUCAGAGAGAGCGAUGAUUUAAAUAAUUUAGGUUUGAGAGAAAGAAAGAAACAUUGGACAUUGAAUGAAUAUUUAGAUUUAGUUAAUCAAGUUAAAAUUACAAUCAAGCAUCAAAAAUAUGCUAUUUGUUCGACUGCUUAUUUGGACCAACAAGUUGGCCAAUCAUUCCAACACUUUCUUGCGCAAACUAAAUCCCAAUUUCAACGAUUUGGAUUCUUGUAUGGUGUAACAACUCCUGGCAAGAAACCGCAACCAAGUGAGGAAGAAAAGAAAAAGGCAAGCAAGGAUGAAAAUUUCAAUGUAGAUGACGAUUAUCAAGAUGUCUAUAUUCAAGUCAUGUAUGAGCCAAAACAAGAGAGCACACCACAAGGCUUCACUCAAGUAGAAGAUCCAAUUUAUAAUGACAGAGCCGAUACAUUGGCUGCCAUGUUGGGAUUGAAGAAGGUAGGCUGGAUUUUCUCUCAUGAUGGUCAGAGAGAAUAUCCAUUGCUAGGUCCUGAAAUAUUAAAAGCAGCCGAGUUCCAAUCCAAGUAUGGACCAUCAUUUGUGACAAUUACUGCAUGUCCAAAUGAGGAGGGAGAACUUGUAUUCGAGGCCUAUCAAGUCAGCAAACAGUGUGUAGAAUUAUGGGAAAAAGGUUUGCUCGAACCUCACUCAACGAAUCCAGAAUUAAUAAUAACCAAAAAACAAGUAGAGGUUGAGAGAAAGAUGACCAGUGAAAUUGAUGCCUUAUUGUUGGUGAGUAAUGUUGCCAUUUCUUCACACAAAGGAAACUUCCAAGUUGGCUUUCCUCCAAGAAACAGACCAGGAAAUGAAGUUCUACAGACCAUGGAUGAACUGAAAGAGGUUCUAAGAGACAGAAAGAAACAGAAAUUUGUCGAACGUGUGUCAGAUUUUGAUUUGUUACUCUUCUUGACCGAUUAUCUCAGCUUAACGUCUGACUUCCCUGAUUUGUGUGAAGCUGUAUGCUCACAAAACAAUGCAAGAGCGUCCGGUUUUGAGGCUCUCAUCAAUGCUUACUGUGGCAUUCACGAGUAA